UUGGCUGGCGGAGCCAGUGCUCUGCGGUCCUGGCCCCUGCGACUCCAAAGCGCCGCGGUUGCUCCGGUUGCUGAGGGCGGGGGAAUCAUCCCUCCCCCGGCCGGAUGUACAGCAGCACCUGCCGCUCAGGCACCUGUACCAGGCGAGGGAGACACGGGGGCCUCGUCCUCUUCUGUGGCGGCAGCGGCAGCCCAGAGAGCAGGAGGCCGGGAACAAAGGCUCCGCGCCAGCCGCUGCGGCUCCACCUGCCUCCCGCGGCGAUGGCUUCCCUCAGCCUUGGGGGGCUGAACGUCUCGGCCCGUAGGAAGAGCGUCCAGUCCCGUAACGCGGCUGUGGAAAGGAGGAACCUGAUCACCGUCUGCAGGUUCUCUGUGAAAACUCUGAUUGAUCGUUCCUGUUUUGAGACUAUUGAUGAUUCUUCCCCUGAAUUUAAUAAUUUUGCGGCCAUUUUGGAACAGAUUUUAAGUCAUCGUCUGAAAGGUCAGAUCACCUGGUUUGGCUAUGAAAGCCCUCGUAGCUUCUGGGACUAUAUCCGAGUAGCUUGCUCUAAGGUUUCACACAAUUGCAUCUGCAGCAUCGAGAAUAUGGAGAAUGUCAGUUCUUCUAGAGCAAAGGGCAGAGCGUGGAUCAGAGUGGCACUUAUGGAAAAACAUCUGUCAGAAUAUAUUUCUGCAGCUCUAAGAGACUUCAAAACAACCAGGAGAUUUUAUGAAGAUGGAGCAAUUGUCCUGGGAGAGGAAGCAAAUAUGCUUGCUGGCAUGCUGUUGGGACUCAAUGCUAUUGACUUCAGUUUCUGCCUGAAGGGAGAGGGAUUGGAUGGCAACUUUCCAGCUGUAAUAGAUUACACACCCUAUCUGAAGUUCACCCAAAGUUCUGAUAGCAUCAGCAGUGAUGAAGAAGAGCUAAGGACUCUGGGGAGCAGCGCCAGUGAAAGCAGUACUCCGGAAAAUAUUGGACCUCCUUUCAUCAUGGAUGAAAACAGUUGGUACAACAAAUGCAAAAGAGUAGAACAGAAGUAUCGACUCACCUUGGAACAGAAGGGUUAUCUUGAAGAGCUAGUACGCCUUAGAGAAACCCAGCUGGCUGAAUCUGUCUCACAAAACAAACUACUACUACAGAGGAUUGAAGAUAUGGAUCUAGCCCAUAAAAUGGAGAAGGAACAGCUGGAAUACAUAAUUGUAGAGCUUCAGGACCAGCUAACUGUGCUAAAGAAUAAUGAUCUGAGAUCAAGACAAGAGUUAACUACCCACCUCACCAAUCAGUGGCCUUCCCUGGGAGCUCUGGAUGUCAAUGCUGUUGCCUUGGAUACUCUACUCUAUAGAAAGCACAGUCAACAAUGGGAUGAGAAAAGUUUUCAAAGUCUGGACCAACUCUCAGCAGAAGUUAGUCUUUCUCAGACAUCUCUGGAUCCAGGUAAUUCACAAGAUGGAGAUGGAAAGCAAGAUGGAUUAAAUUUACUAAGUGAAGGGAAGGAAGACACUCCAUCAUUGCUUGGUCUUUGUGGCUCUCUGACUUCUGUAGCAAGUUAUAAAUCUCUUACAAGUCUGAAAUCAAGUGAAUACCUUGCAAGUCCUACAGCAGAGAUGACAAGUCCAGGUCUAACUCCAUCUUGAACAGAUAUACAUAACAAGGAACAGCUUUUGUGUUGUAUGCAUUCAGUUUACAUGCCAUAAUUUGACUUGCUGUGAAGACUCUUAAAGAUUCAAGCAAGCUAAAGAAUAUGCUGCUUUAUUUCAUAAUGAUCUAUUUAAAGAAAAGUCACAAAACUUACAUGCAUUGUUCGUCAUGCUUUUCUUUAAAAGGAUUUUUCCUGGACUUACCCUUUGAGAUCUUAAAUUGUUUAAGAAUCCCAGUCAGGUACAGAAUGUAUGCAUGAUUUAGUAACAAAUGAUUACCUUUUAGAAUGAAAUAUGUGAACAUCAGUCUUCUGCUAAACCGUUGUGAUCUAUGUUCCACAGGGGCUCUUAACUAGAGCACUUCCUUGUACUGCUCUGCAUAUUUGUCAACACUUGCAGAAGAGACAGGGAAUAAAUCUUGGCAGGCUAGCAAAGGAAUAUCUGAAUUCCAGUUUACAUUAUAUUACAAACCAUUCCUUGUUUAAAUAUCAUUUUAAUCUGCAUAUGUUCUAUUAUGUAGGAUCUCAAAUAACUUAUUUAACCUGUUAGAUGUUUUGAAAUACUGACAGGUAAGUGUUAAACUUGCAUUCCCAUUAUGCCACUUAAAGAGUUAAUUUUUAUGCUCAGAUAAAGCCAUAUUAAGAAACAGUAUACAUCCCUAGGUUUUGAUGAGGGGACAGAGUAACAAAUCUUACACAUCAGGAUUACUUCCAACUUUUAAGAAGGGAUUAGGAGGCAAGUCACCAGGUGAUCAUGGGACCCAAAUGAGGAAGAACUUUGCAGGUAGAAGGUGCAUCCUAAGUCAGUAACAAAAAGCAAGUAACUAUGUUAAUGUAAAAGUGGGGGAAACAUGGUGCUGUCAUCACCUUAGAGCUUUGGGAAGCAUGCCCCCCCAUCAUGUCCACUGUAAAGAAUCUCAGAAGUAAAAAAGGAUCAGAUUGAAAACUGAUAAUUUAAAUGACAAUAUUCUCAUGCUGGUGGGGUUUUUUCCCCCAUGAAAGAGUUUUGGAUAGGUAUUUUUCUUGGUUAUGCUGUGCAGUAAUACUUAAACAGAAGUGAAUCCUUUAAAAUUCUAUGCCUCUAAGCUACUGAUAUGAAUUACCUGAAAACAUUUUUAAAUGAAACUAAACUUCACAUCUUCCCAGUUUAACUCUUGCCUUUAACGUUUGCAAAUUAAUUUUUGAAUUGCAAACGGUAUUCUUAAAAUUCAAACUGUAUUCUUACAUCUUUGUAAGAUGUAACAAGUCCUUUCUCUAUGAAUUUUGCUAUUAAGGUACUUCUGAUCAGUAUCUUUUAAAAAAAAUUAAAUGCAUGUAAGCGUGUUGUAUUUAUUAAUCAAGGGGAAAAUGUUUUGUUGUGCCAAAGAAGUUUCAAAUAUUGUUUACAUGAGCGGCUUCAGUACUAUAAGCUUAUUUAAUUACAGCAUACUUUCAGAUAGAUUUUUGUUUACAGUCAGAUACUAUUCUGUACUCUUUGCUUUGUUUAUAUUUGCCAGAGAAAUGUGCCUCUUGUAAUCUUACCCUUGGCACGACUAGUUUUUCAAAGAGUGGGAUAAAGAAAAACAGGCAAUCUAAUCAUUCUUGUAAAUGGAAGAAUGCAGGAAUGUUGCCUUGAUAAGCAUGUGAAAUUACACAUUUUCAGAACUGACUAACCCACUCUAAUGAUCUCUGAAAUAAAACUUAAUUAAAACAGUAGUGCUCCUUUCCUAAGGUCUACCAGAAUGACUAUUACUGCAUAAAGUAAUGUCCUGGUUCUUGCACUAAGAAUAUGAUCUCAUGGCAGUUCAGUAGCUUAAUUGAACAGCAUUCAUUAAAUAUUAGUUUCUAAACUAAAGAUGCAUUUUUAAUGCAAAGACAAUGAGGGAAGCAGGAUUCCAUAAAGUUAACAUUACCGAUUUGUGUACAGUAACUUGGGCAACUUGUGUUGUUUUAAACACUUCUCCCAGUACAUCACUGUUCUUUGGCUAUAAUCGUGAUUUUCUAAUCAUGUCAGCAGAUAGCUCUGUUGGAGGAGCUGCUAUAAAAUUCAUCUGUCAUGUAAUUUAAGUUUUAUGUAAUCUUUCACACUAGUAUUAGUUUGUAAAUGUCAGUGUUUGUGCAUGAGGAAGCUGAUUGCAUGUGUGUGUCAGUUCUAAAUGCUGUCCAUUUUUCUGAAACAUUUGAACAAAAAUAAAUGCCAAAAUUUUAUGUGUA